AUGGCCACUGCCAGCACAUCCACAGCCAUGGAGGAAGCAGAUCCAGACCUUAAUUCAAGUGGACCUCAAGAUGUAAACUGUUCGUCGUGCAUUGGAAAAAAGCGCAAGGCUGAACAGUUCUGUCUGCAGUGUUCGGAGUCAUACUGUGAUUUUCAUCUUGACUUGCAUAACACUUUGCACGUUGGGAAGAGGCACAAACUAAUGGAGCCAUGUACAGCCCUGCUGGAGAACAUCUGUGUUGAUCAUGGCAGGAGGCUGGAGGUGUAUUGCCGAACAGACCAAAAGUGCAUCUGUCACCUGUGCAUUACUGAUAAACACACAGGUCAUCAUGUCAUCUCAGUGCAAGAGGAGGUGGCCAACAAACAGGGUAAGCUGUGGGAGUUGCAGAAGAAGGCCAUUGACAUAAUUGAAGCAAAAGAGAAAGACGUGCAAGCGCUGAAACAAGCCAUUGAGGUUUUCAGGGCUUCAGAAAAUAAGGCACUGGUGAACAAUGAGAAGAGCUUCACUGAGCUGAUCCAAUCUAUGAAGGACAAUCAAAACAAAGUGACAGCUCUGAUCCAGGGUCAGGCAAAGUCUGCUGUGAAGCAAGCAGAGGGCUUCAUACAGAUCCUACAGCAAGAGAUCAGCGUUAUAAGGGCAAAAAAUACUGAUCUUAUGGACCUGGAGCUGCUGUCUCAGUCAAACAAUGAUGUUCGCUUUCUUCAGAGUGCAGUGUUCAUGCCUUUACUGACUGCGUAUAAACAGUCAUUCGUCUUCCAUGUUCAUCCAUACAAUUCUUUUGAGCGUGACUCCAUGUUUGUUGAUGAACUGGUUAAAAAGCUAAACACAACCAGCAAGCAGAGUUUACUCAGAGUUUCCAGAAAAGUGAAAAACACUAGAAUUGUGGCAUCACCACCGCCAAAGACAAGAGAAGAGUUUCUACAGUAUGCAACAAAGCUCUCUUUCAAUACCAACUCAGCGCAUAAAUAUCUGCUCUUCAGAAAUGACAACCAAGAGGUGAUGGCCUCAAACCAGCUUCAGGACUAUCCUGAACACACUCAGAGGUUUAACUGCAGGGCACAGAUCCUGUGCAACGAAGCCCUGAGAGGGUCCUCAAAAUACUGGGAGGUGGAGGUUGGAGGGGGUUCUUGGGUCUGCAUUGCUGUGUCCUAUCAAGGAAUCCACAGAAAAGGCAAACCACGUACUCUUUUUGGGAGAAAUGCCAACUCGUGGGGACUGCGCUGUUUCUGGUCCACCUAUGAAUUCUGGCAUGACAAUAAGACAACAUUUACAAAGCACGAAUCUCGUGCACCCAAAAUAGGAGUGUAUUUGAACUAUAGGGCUGGGGUCUUGGCAUUUUACAGUGUUUCCGGGGUCAACAUGAGUCUCAUUUAUAAGCACAAAACUGUUUUUAAAGAGCCUGUGUAUGCUGGGUUUGGACUGGCUGGGAAAGGUUCUUACGUGAGACUCUGCAAUCCUGUGAAAACUGAGACAAUAACGUCUCUUCCUUUUCCAUUUAAGUUUGAAUCUAAAACAUCUCCCUUCUCUCCAUUUAAAUUUGGCAGUUUGUAAUGCCGAGUUCAGACUGCAUGAUUAUAGCCCCAAUUUUGACUCGCUGACAGGUUUUGAGAAAUCGCAAACAAAUGCCUGAAAUCACAAGCAAAUCAGUGCUCGUGCACUUAUCAAUUACAUAGUGUGAACUAUUGAAGACGCGAUCUGAGAGAAUAACCGAUGAGUCGCUAACACCCGCGAGUUAUUUGGCAUGCUAAAUAUCUGGACCUGUUGUGCGAUUCAAAAUCAUCACGUGUAAAAUGUGUUCUGAUCAAACAUAACAUCGGCAAUUACCUACAGCCAAUGAGA